CUCCGGGCGGCACACCGGUGCGUCGUGCAUGUUUGUUUUUGUUGUUUGUUGUGGCACAGUGUCUCGACGAACGCGUCGCUGGUCGUAGUUCCGUGUUAUCGUCAUGUAAAUUUUUUUUUCACUUCGUUUCAUUCGCGAUUUUUUGUGUUCUUUUAGCUAUUCUUCACUCCGACUCUUUUCGCCGUUUAUUUAAUCAUUUGUCUAUUGUAUUAAAAUUAUAUUUCGUUAAUGCACACGCACAUUUUACUCACCGAAAAUAUUUUACGUAUAUUUCGUGCACGCAUAUCGUGUUGAAUACCUAUCCGUUGUACACUCGCACACGGUAUAGGCAGUGUGGUCCAGCCGAAUGCAAUUUGUCCAAGAACUGUCGAAGAUCAGAACAGACGGAACCAAACCUUGUAUAGCACUCAGCAGCACCUGUCGGCCGAGGAAUUUAAAUGCUGGGCUAUUGAUCGUAUAAGGUGAUCCGAUGAUGUCGUCCAUGAAACCGGCUCCACUGCAGUUUGUCAAGCUGGCACCGUCCGAUCUCUAUCGUUCGGCGCAAGACCAGCUGAACAAAACGGCUGCAGUGGUCGUCAAGCCAAAACCAAAAGAAUUUGAUGCUGACUGGCAAUCGGACUUGGACAAUUGGAAAAGUAAUAGGAGAAAACAACAGGAGCACAUCAUUGAGCGACUAGUUGAGGUGAAGAAAUUUGAAACGGAUAGGUUGGACGAUGGGUUCCGGAAAAGGAGUAAAACGUUUAACGAGAUGAUACAAGAAAGGGGUAGAAGCGGUCGAUUGAGGAGUUUACCCGCACUAUAUCAGGACGACGACGACGGUAAUGAUCUCAGCGAUCUUGGCCUGAGCACGAGUAAAAAGAACUGCGUCGACGACUAUGAUGAAGAUGAGAUGCAGCGGAAUCACACGACGGAAGAUGACCAUCACAGUCAUUCGAAGGACAGCAGUUCCGAAGAGCGAGUGCUGCACCAGUUGGAUUUCCGGAGCGAAAAUUUGGCCGAAGAGGAUGAAGACGUAUUCCGCGGAGCCAAAGAACCCGCAGCUGUGGCUGUCAAAAUGGCGACGGUGCAGACGAUUGCCACUGUCGUGGGGCCGGCGACUGAACCGGUUGUAGUCGAAAACGGAUACGACAGGGCCAUCAAAGACUACGUUGAUUUCGCUGAAUCCAAACGGACUUCCGUGGCUAAGUGUGAAGAACAAACGCUACCGUGUCGUAAGCCCGCUGUGGCCGAGAUAAGACGUCGAAUGUCAGCGCCCAAAAUCGAGGAGAAAGUCAUGUUACUCAAGACGCGAUCGCAAUCUACAAAAGACUUGAACUCCGCCGCCGGUGAACUGCCCAAAGUGGACAUUGUCAAGCGCCGGGAAAUAUUUGAGAAGAUUUGUUCAGAAACAAAAGCUACCGAUGUACAGCAUAAUGUCGCGGCUAGACAACCAUCACUUGUGAAAAAGAAAUUUCUCAAAGAAUCACCGACAUCAUCGCCACCACCGGCAAGUGUUGCCGCUACUGUUACGGACGUUUUUCCGGAACAAAUGGUCGAAGACAUAAUUUAUUCGCCCGAAUCGCCAUUACCAGAAACAGAGCCAUCGAAGGUUGUAGAGACGCAAGACGAACAGCAAAUGACGUAUAGUAGCGAGGAAGAAAUACAAAUACAACAUCGUGGUCUGGCCGUUGACUCAGAAGUGGAAAGCGAAAUUACUGCAGUUUCGACCGAGGAAGAAAUGAUGACCGAGGAGGAAAAACCUAUAGUAGCGCUGGAGAAAGAACGUGUUUGCAUGGUAGAGGACGAGUAUCACCAUCACCUGGAUCACAUCCGCCACCAUCAGCAGCUUUCGUCCCUUUCCGAUCUGGUCAGCCGGCACUCGAUCGACAGCUUGGACCAGGAGUGCGGUCACACAGCCGAAGACCCGGAUGACGGCAACUAUCCUGGUUCAUGCUUGAGCGCCGAAGACAGUGGCGUGCACACCGAGGACAUGUCGAGUUGCGUGAGCCAAGCCGACGAUGAGGAACGGUCCAACUUGCAGCCCAGUCCUGUGCUGCUGCAGCAGCUACCGAACGUCGUUCAACAACACGUCGAUGACACUUACAACAUGGUACUUGAAUUGACGCCCGUUAAUGCACUGGAACCGCCCAAAGAGAAACCACCGCCACCACCCGUAGAUGCGUAUCCUGACGACGAUAGCCAGGUACAACUUCCGCUGGAACCCGCUGUGGAUAGCUUGGAGUCGGCCAAACGCAUAAAGAAAGAAAUGUGGAUGAAACGUUCCAGUUUCCUUGGCCUGGAAGAAUACACUAACGGUAAUUCCAGCUACGAGCACGAUUUGGAAAAUUUGAAGUCCAAACCGCCAGAUUUGACGUCGUUUCUGGAAGAGGAACGUCGGCUAGAAAAACUUUUGUACAAUCAGAACAAACCCGAACGACAAUCACAUGAUACCACCAGAAUUUACGAGAACGUCAACAGCAUUCCGUCGCAGAACGUGUAUGUAGACGACGGUGGCGACAGCGAGAGUAGUCAGUAUAUGAGGGACAUAUUACAGGUUGAAGAGCAAAGUCGAUGCAAUCAAUUGAAGAACAAAGCAGCUCAAAAUAAUAUAGGUGAAAAAUUAGUUAAAAAGUUAAAAGAACUCGAAGAGGAUCUAAAUAACCAAGAGUGCGCUCGGGUUGGAUCGGCGCAUUGGUUACCGCCACCCACCCGUCACUCUAUGCAAGACAUCUCGUCAGCAGCCUCUGUCGCGAACGCUGGACCAAAGCCACCAACACUGGACCACACUCAGUCCAUGCCAAACUUGGAGCAACAGCAGCCUGCUCAUAACACCAGUCAACACCAUCAACCCGAAGAUUUUACAUGGUCUUCUCAGAACGGUUGUCCCAGACCGGUCCAGCAGAACGUCUACGCCAAAAGAAAGCCGAUUAAUAAUCAGUCAGAAAAAUAUAAUUACCAACAUUGGCUUAUUCAAGAAGCAGAACACCGUCGUUUAGUCGAUCGGUGUAACCGCCAAGUGGUGCCGCCCGGCGCAAUUGCAUCAAAUCAACCACGAUCGCGUACCAGACCGGCUUUGCCGCCUCCUCCACCGCCGGCACACAACAAAAAACCUUUGCCAGACUCAGUCAUUAACACGUUGACUCAGCGUGUGCAAGACCGUCUAUCGUUCAACGAUUUUCACAGACAUGAUCACAUUGCCAGUGAUGCUGCUCCACAAGAAUCAAUGUUGAGUGUCAGUGGCAAGAAAAAGUGUUCGCACUGCUCAGUGGAACUUGGUCGAGGCGCAGCCAUGAUCAUUGAGAGCCUACAGUUGUUUUAUCACAUUGAGUGCUUCAAGUGUUGCGUGUGCUGCGUGCAGUUGGGCGACGGCUUGAUGGGAACUGACGUACGAGUCAGGAACAAAAAGUUGCAUUGUCACAAUUGUUUUUCGAGUGAUGAUGGAGUAAAAUUCAGUUGCGUAUAGGAAGUACGUUAAGUGAAAUAGUAUUUAAAACAUAAAAUACGAAUUCAAGUGUUAAAUUUUUAAAAAUAUUUUAUUUAUGUAUAAUGUAAUAUUUUAUAAUAUUAUAAAGAGAACGAAGGAGAGAGAGAGAAUAAAAUUGUAUUUUGUUGUUGUUGUGUUUUUUUUUUU